UUCUUGGCCAAUCACUCCUAUCACUCACCGCUAUAUUUCUCAACCCACCAAUGGCUGAGGUGUGUAUCACCUUCUCUUCUCUUCUUGCGUUGCCCUCACAAUCAUCUUUUCAAGGUCCAUACGCAUCAUCUUAUGCACAGUCGUUGGUUCGUUUUGUCUUGAACUAAACGACGAAAUGUUAGUAGAAUCGGCCGUUUUUAACAAACCCACAAAUAUUCUCACAUCAUUUCCCGAACUGAAACCUCGGAAACCCAUCAAAUUUUCCCCCGCGAAGUUGGUUUUCUCUGGAAAUUUUGUUUCUAGGAAAUCUGUUUCCUUUGAUAUUAGAGCUUGGAGUUCGAACACUAUGAGCGAGUCGGGUGAACCGCAUGUCUUGAGAAACCAUACUGGCGAUGACGAGAGUGUUAGUGCUUUCGAACAAGAAGCUUUCAUUGAUGGGUCGUCCGAUUUUCGCCCAAAUUUUAUUGGUGAUAGACUCCAAUCCAUUCUCAAUAGUCUGAGUAAAUGGCUGGUGGUUUCACUUUUUGGAAUAGUCCUCCUCUGGAAGCAUGAUGCAGAAGCAUUGUGGGCUGCUAUGGGUUCUAUUUUGAAUGCUGGGCUCUCGAAUGUAUUGAAGCAGAUACUAAACCAAGAGCGACCUGUUUCUACAAUGAGAUCAGACCCAGGAAUGCCAUCUUCGCAUGCACAAUCCAUCUUCUAUUUUGUCACCUUCGCUAUUCUGUCAAUAAUGGAAUGGCUUGGUAUGAAUGUACUUUCAACUACUCUCAGUGGGUUUGUCUUGGUGCUUGGUUCAUAUUUUUCAUGGCUACGGAUUUAUCAACAACUUCACACAAUCAGCCAAGUGAUCGUGGGUGCUGUGUUGGGAUCUGUUUUCGCAUUUUUGUGGUUUUGGUCAUGGGAUGCAAUAGUUCUGAAGGCAUUUAUCUCCUAUUUGUGGGUUCGGAUUGUCAUCAUUCUUGGGGCUGUUGCAUUUUGUCUGGGGUUUCUUGCACAUGUCAUUCGGUAUUGGAUUAGGGAUGAACAAUGAACUUGGUAAAUUUUUUGUUAUACUAUCUACAGGUUCCUAGUUUAUCUGGAAAAUCAGAAACAGAUGAAAUUACUAUGAAGUUGACAUAUAAACUUUUCAUCUUUUU